GCCAGCACCAGCAACGUCUCAGCACCUAGAAGGCCCGUCUAGAGAGAUGCAACCGCCACACAUCCCUAACUUGGAUAAGAAGAUUGAUCAAGAGGUAUGUCUGUCUCUCCAAUCGGGAAGCAGAGGCUGACCCCAUUCUAGCAGCUUGAAAACCAGCCACAUACAGGAAAGAACGCCUCCGUCGAUUACUGGGUAAACAAUCAGCAGUGGCCCAGAGAGCUCUUCGGAUUGAGAUCUACGGGCCAGCUGGAUGAAUUAGAAUCUCCAGGAAUCCAUCCCAACUCGUACCCAACCAAAACGGAUACACAAGGAACCGUGACUUGGGCCUAUGAUAGGCCAUUUUAUGGGAAAUACCUCAAGACUAAGGGCGGUUAUAUGACAAGGCACAAGGACGGGAUUGCAAGUGGCCAUGAAGAUUCCUGUCGGAAGCUUUUAGAAAAAGAAUGCAUGACACCCGCGGGCACAGCUUUCGACGAUGAUGCUUUGGAGUAUUUGGAAGAUGGACUGCCAGAGAAAAACGAAACCGCCCUUACUCGCAUGAUUGCGCAAUUGAUUGUUCCUUCGGCCGAGCUGGAGGUUUGCAGCGGCCGGCUGGGCUUGGUGGGCUUGGUAGAGAGUAUGGAUGAGCCUUGGGAUGGAUCGACUUCCCUGGACGCCAAGGACCCGAGGAAACCACGAGCACGACAAACUCCACGAGCUUUGCGAUACGUACUCCCAACACCGCAGCCGGAUUAUGCACUUGGAUUUAAACUUUGGAGUUGUGCGUUUACCUCCGAGCAGUUCGACAAGCUUGAGCCCUUCCUGGGUGAAUUUAACAAGACAUCUGCCUUCAAGGGCACCGAUGAUAUGCUUUUCCCGUUCUUUACCGCAGAGCUGAGGUCCAGUACCGGAAGUCUGGAGAUAGCAAGCCGAAAGAAUGCCCACAGCAUGACUCGUGCACUCAGAGGCGUGGUUGAGCUUUUCAAACUGGCUGGGCGUCAGGAUGAAUUGCAUCGAAGGCCUCUAGGCUUUUCGAUUUCUCACGAUCACCUCCGAGUGCAAAUCUUUGUCCAUUAUCCGGUGAUUGAAGACGGAAGAACAACAUAUCAUCGUGAGCUGCUCAAGUCGUUUGACUUGCUAUCCAGGGAGGACAGGUGGAGACCGUAUAAGUUCGUUAUGGCCCUUUACAAGGACUGGGUCCCGACUCACCUUGAAUUGCUGCGUUCGGCGGUUACCGACCUACCGAUGAUCAAGUUUGAAGAGUCGGUCGGGUCCUAGAUCCUGUCUAAGCUCUUUUAAUGUGUCUCUAACGCAUAGGAUCAGGAUGGGCGUGGUGAGUAAUUUGUAUGCGGCAUCGGCGCGAGCAGAGAGCAGUUCAUUUAUAAAGUCUUUUAGUUGUAUACUUUAGGUGAUUGAGUUUGGAUAGUGAUCAGUAGCUGCUAGCCGCUGGACUUCUGGGAUAAGAGCCAGUGGGCCUUUUAGUUCGACGAGAUGAAAAAGACAGUCACAUUCGUG